UCUCCCUCCCUCCCUCCCCUCAUCCUUCCAUCCAUCCGCGCUUCCUUUCUUUCUCCUCUCCCGCUGGAUGGUGCGUUUAGGAGCGCGUGCAGGAAGGCACCGGGACUCUCCUUUCUUCUUCUUCUCGGAUGGAGACGGGCUGAGCUGAGCAGGGUCCAGGUCCAGGUCCAGUCCACCUCCAGCAUCCCGCCGGAAGCUCCUCUCUCCGUGGAAAAGCCGCUGCUGGGAGCCGGGGGAAGCAGCAGGAAGGGGAGACGCGAUCCUCCAUCAUCCAAAGGCCUCCUGCGUCUCUUCCAGGGGCGUGUCGCUGGGGAUCGUGUUCGCGCCAUGCUGGUGUAGACCGCUCGGUACCGGAGGAGUCUUCUGUAGCGGGCCGCGUCUCCAUGCAUUCUUCAAGGCCGGAGCCGGGCUCGGCGGGAGCGGAGCGCCGCAGGCCCGCGCCGGCCCAGACGCCCGACGACUGGGACGGGUGGAGGGAUCGAGGGAUCGCCGGGUGGAGGGACGCGGGGAGGGAAGGGUGGAGGGAGGGCAGGGAGAGCGGCGUGGUGCAGAGCUACAGCUUCGAUUCGUACCAGCUGGAGGAGGAGGAGAUCAGUAAGGAUGCCCCAGAGCGAGGAGUGCUGGCUCUGUCUGAGCCUGACUUUGAGCAGCCGAUCCCCGAUGACCGUUACCAUGGCAUCUACUUUGCAAUGCUCCUGGCUGGAGUGGGUUUCCUGCUGCCGUACAACAGCUUCAUCACCGACGUCGACUACCUGCAUCACAAGUUUCAGGGAACGUCCAUAGUGUUUGACAUGAGUCUGACGUACAUAGUGGUCGCUCUGCUGGCUGUGAUCCUCAACAAUGUGCUGGUGGAGAGGCUCAGCAUGCACACCAGGAUUACUGUGGGAUACAUCUUGGCGUUGGGGCCGCUCAUCUUUGUCAGCGUGUUUGAUGUCUGGUUGGAAAAAUUCACCACCAAGCAGGCUUACGUCAUCAACCUGUUGUCAGUGGGAGUGGUGGCCUUCGGAUGCACAGUGCAGCAGUCCAGUUUCUAUGGUUACAUGGGGAUGCUGCCCAAGAGGUAUACUCAAGGGGUGAUGACUGGGGAAAGCACGGCCGGAGUGAUCAUCUCGCUGUCUCGCAUCUUCACCAAGCUGCUGAUCCCUGAUGAGAAGAAGAACACCCUGAUCUUCUUCCUGAUCUCCAUCAGCAUGGAGAUGCUGUGCUUUCUGCUGCACCUCGUCGUCCGACGCUCGCGGUUCGUCCGCCACUACACCGGCCACGCCCAGGGCAAAGGUCAAGUCAAAUGUCACGACCCACGGGAUGCCGGAACUGGAUACAGGGUCCAUCACGACGUCACCGCAGAGGAAGUGAUAUUUGGAAACGGAGGAACGGCGCCGUCCUCCGCAGAAGAAGGCCACGAGGAUUUUGUGGGCGGGACUUACGUGAGAUUCGACGCCCCGAAAGCCAAGAUCAGGAAGAGCUGGCCCGGCGUACGAGACAUGAUUCUGCAUCGUUACGUGGUGUCGCGUGUGAUCUGGGCCUACAUGCUGUCCAUAGCCGUGACCUACAGCAUCACCCUGUGCCUGUUCCCCGGCCUGGAGUCAGAGAUCAGGAACAAAGCCUUAGGGGAAUGGCUGCCCAUCCUCAUCAUGGCCACAUUCAACAUGUCCGACUUUGUCGGGAAGAUCCUGGCGGCGCUGCCGUACGAUUGGUCCGGGGGCCGCCUGCUCUUCUUCUCCUGUCUGAGGGUGGUCUUCAUCCCUCUGUUUGUGAUGUGUGUGUACCCGGUGAGCGCGCCCAUGCUGUCCCACCCGGCCUGGCCUUGUCUCUUCUCCCUCCUCAUGGGAGUCACCAACGGCUACUUUGGAUCCGUGCCGAUGAUCCAGGCGGCUGGGAAAGUACCGCCUGAGCAGAGGGAGCUGGCAGGAAACACAAUGACAGUUUCCUACAUGACGGGUCUAAUGGUGGGUUCCUCUGUGGCGUACGCAACGUACAGCUUCACCCCGACGGCGGCAGGAGCGCGCCUCCCCACACACGCACCUUUCAACGCGACAGGGUACUGAAUGUCCACAUAGACCAAAACACACACACACACACACACAUAAUUAUAUAUCUACCCAUGUGCAGCAGACGCAAGCAUUUAAAGUUGUAGCAACAUUUUCAUCCUGUGUGGUGAAGUUUCUAAGAGCAGAGUUGGAGCUGCGCCCCCCGCCAGCAGCUGGCUGAGGCCGACGCGCCUGACCUUGGAGAAUCGCUCAGCGAAAUUGCUGUCUGCAUGAGAACGAACAGAUCGUCUGACAUUUGUAAGGUGCGAAGGCGAGUCGUGUUUCACUGCGAGGAGCGGAGCGCCGUUCGUGUCGGAACGUGUUGCACUCGUCGUUUCUGACGAUGUCCCAGAGCUGCUCAGAGUUCAGAGGAAGGUCGAGGGAGUCGGGGAGGUCAUUCAGGGGUCAUCAGAAUAACCCUUUCAGCAGCGGAAGAAAUAUCGAUGGUGAAAUAACCGCAAAAACACAAAAUCUUGCCGAGUAUUUUUGUCUAAUUUCUAGUGCAAAUAUAAAUAAGACAGAACUAUGUUACAGGUAACUUUUCAGCAAGAAUAGAUCUUGUUUUAAGUCAAUAAUUUCUUAAUAUUGCUGAAAAAUAUUUAGGAUUGUUGUUCCAUUGGAAGAUUAUAGGUGAAAUAAUCUGCCAGUCAAACAAUACAUUUUUCCCCUUAUUAUAAGUUCAAAUGUCUUGUCCCACUGGCAGAUUAUUUCACUUAUAACUCAUAACUUUUCAGCAAUUUUAAGAAAUUAUUGACUUAAAAUAAGCUCCUAUUUAGCUUAUUUACCAUUUGCAUGGUAAAACUGUGUGUUUUUGCUGUGUAUUUAUCACACUAGACUGACCUUAAAGCAUAACUUGCCCCUGUUUUAUAGUAAUAUCAAUGAUCUGAGAUGUUGACAUUAUAAUGUGGUUUAUAUCAGCAUAAAUUAGAGAAUAUUUCUACCGACGACUCUUUCGGUCUCCAUAGUUUUAUCUAACAGCUAAACCUCCCUGGUUCUAUUAAGUGAAGGUCUUUCAUGUAAGUUGUCAGUAUGUUGCCCAAAAUCAUUCACAAUAUAUAAUUUUUUCAUUUAUUCUUGAGGGUUUAAGACUGAUGAACAAGACAGAAAUGAUAAAAUAUUAAUAUUUUUAACUAAUUUAUGUUAAUGUGCUGCUUUUAUUUGUUUUCAUAUUGACUCUCAAGCACUAGUUUACCUCAAUAAAGCUGAACAAUAAGUGUAUUUGAGAAUAAAAAUAAAUAUAUAUAUAUAUAUACAUUUAACUUUCCGUAUUUCUACAACUGGACAUAUUUUAAAGCAUAAAAAAGACAGAAAAGUCUGUACAUGUCUAUACACUAGCAUGCCAGCAGUCUGAUUCUUUUCUGUAGCUGUUAUUGUAACUGAGCAAGAUGGACGGCUCUCAUUAGCAACUGCGUCUUCUUCAGGAGAAGACGCAGGAGAAAAACAUAUAUUCCUUUGUGUAAGAAGCCUUGAAAUGAACCCAACAGCAGUAACAUAACCUCACUGUAAUCAGCUGAAAUUAUAGAAAAAUCCAACCUUUUAAUUAUAGAACAUUUAUUCAGUAGGUUAGUGGCUGGAUGAGAUCGGAUCGGGACUUGAUUCGAUCUCUGAUCUGGUUGUUUUGGCACCAGAACCCGGUGAGUAAGACGUUAAAGGAGAGAAAUAGUCUCAAAGGUUCACUGUUUGUUUGUUUGUUAAAAUAUGGAUUUUAAGGCUUUUACAUUUGUUUUUGUGGGGAUGUAGUGAAUGUGGCCGGCCCCACGUGGGUCAUCGUUUACACCCUGCAAGAAAAAUCAAUCCAUUCUAGUUUUACAGAUGAUUUCACAUAUUCUUUGGUGCCACAUUGAAACAUUUAGAUCAGUAAGCUGGAACAUUUUGGGCUUAAAUGUUUACAAUGUUUACCUUUUGUAUUUCUGCUUUUAUUCAUUCCUUUUAACAAGCUACAAGUCUGGUCUAUUAAAAUAAACAUUUUGUUCUCUUCUAACUGAAGGAUACAUAAAUCUGUUAUUGUCUUCCUGAGCUGAUGUUUGAGACCUCUGACUCUGAAAGUGAUCUGUGGUUAUCAUCAAUAUAAAAAUGAGGGAAACAAGCAGUGUGGAAAAAAAAAAAUGAGUUGGUGCCAAACGUUUGCCUGAGUAUAAAGCUCUUACUAUACAACAGGAAAUGCACUCAAUACAGAAUAUAGUUUUUGUUUCAUCAAAUGUAAAUUUGAAUUUAGAAUUGAUUUUUAGGAUCUGAGUGUGUGCAGGCUUCAAGUGCACUGUGUUACCUACACUAAUAACUGAGCUUUUUGAGGAAAUGUUUGUAGCCGUUUGGGAGAUAACCUCAUUACUCUGCGUGUGUGUGUGGGUGUGUGUGUGUGUGUGUGUGUGUCCUGCUGUUUAGAGAGCAUCACAUUUCCCUAGACGUCUCUGGGCUGCAAGUUUGAAGGUGUCUUUACUUGUUCUUUGUGAGAUGUGUUGGUAAAGGACAUGAAAAGUCUGUUUUGCGCAUGAGGAAAAAAUGAAAAUUGAGUGUGAGGGAAAAUCCCUUUUUGUUGUAAAUGUAUUUUUACAAAGACCUUAAGCUGAUUUAACAGCUUAAAGCAACAGUUCUGGGACUUUGAAUGAGGGAUGUCUUGCUUGGAGAUGGAUAAAAUCAUAUUUCUGUUUGUAAACCAAGAAGGAAAUUGAGAAUUUCAUAAAUAUAGUGCAGCAUGAUCAAUUUUAAAGGUGCUGGACAGAAAAACCUUUCACUGUUGGUCAGCAGCGAUUAUCUUUUUUUUUUUCUUUUUUUUUUUUUUAAAGGCCAUAUUUGAGAUACUAUUGAAUGGACAACAUUAAUUUAAAAAAUCCCCUUUAGAAUAAUUGGAUUAAUCAUUAAUAGAUACUCAAGAAUGAUAUGUGAAGCUUCAGUUAAAAUUGUUUUGGUUUUCAUAGCAACUCUUAAGUCAGGACACAUGCAAACUGAAACUGAACAUCCAGUAUGAAUUACAAAUUCUCUGGCUGGAUUCUACCAACAGUGGUUGAAAUGUGACAUUGUUCCACAUGGAGCGCAAUGGUCACCAAAGAAGAAAGAGUUAUUACCAAAUCUCCAAUUUGUUAGAUUUAUAUGGCAGUUUUGUCAGUGUGGACUAGAAAGCUGUAGCUUGAAAACCUAGCAAACCGGCAUUCUACCCUGAUAUUUAAAAUUGAGAAUGUAGUUUUCCUGCAAGCUCAGCUUUCAUUUAAUUUACCAAAAUGGCAAAUAACCAUUUGAGACAAAAUAUCAAAUAAAAAACCUGAAAUUCUGCCAGGUUUCAGAUAGACAUUGUUCCAAUUCUGACCUGCCACAACUGAUACUUAUGUUAGCAAGCUAUCAGAGAUUAUUUAGAUAAUAGAAUGUAAUAAUGGAACUAUGUGACAGCCUCACACAUAACCAAUCUCUACAUUACUGUGAUGGUUUAAUUGCAGUAUGAUGAUGUAGUAAUCAAAAUGGCAUUCUGGGGACUCAAGCUAAGUCUAUCUACAAUUUUCUCGCACCAGAAUAUCUCUGGCUAUUAAACACUACUUCCAGCUAAUACUGUACAUGUGAUGAAUGGGACAAAGUCAAAACACUAAGAUGUAAUCUGCCAAUUAUUUGAAUCAGAUAUUCAUAGUAGCAGCAGCUAACUGAACGUGUGAACGUUCAGAAUAAAUAUUUACAUCAAAGUCAUUGAUUUUGCUGACAUCAGCAGACAAUUUGUAAGUGGGAAACAAAGUAAAACCCACAGGAAUACCAUGCAUUUUCUGACAUGAGAAACUUUGUGCUCACAAACAACAUCUCGGUAGUCUUUCUGCAGAAUCUACCGGAGCUGUUUCUGCAAUGUGUUCUCAUCCUUCAACUUUAGAUUAUUUCUUAUUUUACAGCCAAGAUUCCAAUAGGGUAUGCUAUGAUGGCUCACUGGGGAAGGUAAGGGUGCUCACUCAAUCAUUUUUGUGGUGCCAUUAAGAAGUCACAUAAAAUGUUGAUGUUUUUCAAUUUGAUUUUUUUUGUCAAGAAUGCAAUCUUUUUUCUGUACAUUGCUCUGCUGUUGCAUCAGUUCUUUUCCAUUUUAAGGGGUGUAGCUCCAAAUGCUCUUUCUUGUGUUAGUUAAGUGUAUUUUAAAAGUACUUGUGUGUUUUGAAAAAUAAUGGAAAAAAUGUGCUUUAUUUUUUUAUACUUUUAAGAUUUUUAGGUUUCCUGGCUGUAAAACAUAUUGAUGAUACUUGGCCUUUAAUCUCAUCCAUGAUUUUAAUUUUCUCACCUGGAACAGACAGUUUCAGCAGAACAUGUGACUGCACACUGUGAGAAAUUGUGUAAAAAGAAUGGAUUGUAAAUAAUGUACAAAGAUGGACUGUAACAUAUUUGAGAGAUAAUAUUUGUGACAAAGAAUAAUUUAAGAAUUUGACAAAUUCUCUGUAAAGAAUAAAUAAAGAAGAAUGUGCCAAGUACCAAUUUGACCUGUUUACUAGUGCCAUAUUUGCAUGAAGUAUGUCUAAACAGUGGUUUUAUUGUAACCCAAAACAUUCACAAACUAACAAUUGUUUGCUUACAGAAAAUUACAUGAAUGUGGAUAAACAUUUUAUGCGUUCAACUCAUGUUUUCUGUUAUUUAGUGCCCAAAAUGAGAAAAUGCGAGCCAUAAAACUCAACAAAAUUGUGUUUUUUUUCCCCCCUUGAGUCAUUGUACAAAAAACUCACCAUGAGCUGUUUUAUUUUAUGCUGGUUGAUUCUGGAUUGUCCCCAAAAAAAAGUGUUUAUGCUUAAAAUUGUACCAUCAGUGACGCCUAAUAAAACCUGUUUACAUCUCU